CAUCAUUAGUACAGAUUACUGACUCAAAUUUCAACAUUUUCUUUAAUUAGAUUAUCUCAAAUUAUAUAUUCACGCAUCACACUCUCACAUAUAUAAUAAAUAUAUAAAUAUUUUUUGAUAAAUUAAUUAAAAAAAUCUAUAUACUCUCUAAAAUCAACAUGAAGAGCUUGUUCAUCCAAGUCCUCACCGGGCGAUGGCUCAUGGUGUUUGCCUCCUUCCUCUUGAUGGUCACCGCUGGAGCAAGCUACAUGUUCGGCCUCUACUCAAACGACAUCAAGUCCGUCCUUGGCUACGACCAAACGACACUCAACCUCAUUAGCUUCUCUAAAGACUUAGGAGCCAACAUAGGAAUCCUCUCCGGCUUAAUCAACGAGGUCACACCUCCAUGGGUUGUCCUCUCCAUAGGCGCCAUCCUAAACUUCUUCGGAAACUUCAUGAUAUGGCUAGCCGUGUCUCGAAAGAUCUCAGACCCCAAACUAUGGCACAUGUGCCUCUACAUCGCCAUUGGAGCCAAUUCGCACACGUUCACUAACACUGGAGCUCUUGUCACAUGCGUCAAGAACUUUCCUGAGAGCCGCGGCGUCGUUUUGGGCCUAUUGAAAGGGUAUACCGGUAUAAGCGCGGCGGUAAUUGCUCAAUUGUACAGAGCCUUAUACGGUGACGACACGUCGUUUUUCACUCUGUUCGUGGCUUGGCUUCCAACUGCUUUGUCGUUCGCCUUUAUCAAAACCAUUCGAAUCAUCGAGACCACGAAUCGGCCACUAAACGACGUCAAAGUUUUCUACAAAUUCCUCUACAUAUCGAUGAGUCUCGCUGGGUUUCUGUUCAUCAUAAUUAUUCUAGAAAAAUCGUUCAGUUUUAACAAAACAGAGUACGGAUUAAGCGCCGCGGGUGUGCUGUUCCUCCUCUUUCUCCCAAUUAUUGUCGUUUUUAGAGAAGAAGACAAGCUCCUUAAGGCCAAACUAUUGUCCAGACCUCAGAACAAUGCAAUUGUCGUUUCAUUAUCUGUACAACCAAAAGAAAGCGUUUCUUGGUGGAAAGACGCCUUUAAGCAACCGAAGAUCGGAGAGGACCACACCAUACCACAAGCACUUUUAAGCAUUGAAAUGAUUACUCUGCUAUUAGCCACUGUUUGUGGUCUUGGUGGAUCCAUGACGAUGAUGGACAACUUAGGCCAAAUUGGAACUUCUUUCGGAUACCCUUUAAAGAGAAUCACAAACUUCGUGUCUCUCACAAGUAUUUGGAACUACCUUGGCCAAAUAACAGUUGGGAUUCUCUCUGAAAUCUUUAUCGCAAAGUAUAAAUUUCCUCGUACCCUGUUCUUAACUAUGUUAUUGUUAUUAUCUUCCGUUGGUUAUCUUUUAAUCGCCUUCAACGUCCCUAACGGUCUCUACGUGGCCUCUGUUCUUAUUGGAUUUUGCUUUGGAGCUUUUUGGCCACUGAUUUACACCAUCAUAUCGGAGCUAUUUGGAUUAAAGUACUAUUCAACUCUGUACAAUUUUGGUGGUAUGACAAGCCCAAUUGGGCUUUAUUUACUGAACGUAAAGGUCACAGGGUAUUAUUACGACAAGGAAGCCAGGAAACAAAUGGCUUCUUUGGGGCUUGUGAGGAAGCCUGGGGAGGCCUUGAAUUGUUUAGGAGGAGAGUGUUUUAAACUGUCGUUUAUCAUUAUUACUGUCGUUACGGUUUUUGGUGCUGUCGUUUCUCUUUUUUUAGUGGCGAGGACGAGGAAGUUUUAUCAGGGUGAUAUCUAUAAAAAGUUUCGUGUGGAAACAGUGAACACGGACAAUAAUAAAGCUUCAUUAUCUGUGGAAAAUGUUGUAGUAGCUGGAAAGGCAGAUAUGUAAGAAGGAUUCAAUGGUGUUAUAUAUGUGUAUAUUUUUUUUAUGAAAAGCGUGCUUAUAUUCAAUGAUGUUAUAUCAAUAAAGAGUGUGGUACUAUGGUUUGAUUUCCCUCUUGUAUGUUUUCAAGUGUUGAUUAUUAUUACUGACUAGAGUCUUCAAAUUUUCAAGAUAUAUAGUUUAGGUCUUCGUAUGUACGUACUACGUACAUACAUAUACAUAUACAGGUAGAUAUACAUGCACAAGAGUAUAUAUAUUACCAUUCUCAUAUAUGUUGAUAUUACAAUACAAACAUGUGAGUGGAUAAAAGGAAGUGGAAUGGAACGGAACCUUUAAGGAAUUUUUUUC